AUGAUGAUCACUGCAAGAUACACCACACCUCAUUUUCUCGAUAGCAACGGCAACAGUAAACCAAACUCGUGUCGUCGAUUCACGCUCAAUGAAAAGACAAGCUGGACCACAGACGAAAGUGGAGAUGAGACAACCGCAAAGCACUUUUACGACAAGGAUAAAUUCAUCGAACUUGCGCAGGCAGCACUGGAAGAAGCCAAGAUGGAAGAAGAGCAAAAGGGUGUCUUACAGGAACUCGUCGAGGCCCUUUUGGCUCGUACAGGGGCGCCCAUGGUGGCCAAUGUGAUACUGGAGCAAUUUCAAAGCCAAGAUGUCAUUGAACGACUCGCCGAAGAUCACUUUGAGCAGCAGGAAAGAAGACGAUCGUCUAGCUGUCAUCAGCAGCAGCAGCAAAAGGAAGAAGAGCAAGAGCAGCAGCUAAACACACUCAAAGAGCCAGCAAGUGAGAUUGUAGAAAAAGAGAUGGACACUAGUACCAUUACCAGCAAACUCGACCAUCAAUAUACAUACACAACAGCCGAUUAUAUCAUGACCAUCUCUGAAUACCUCUGGAGAAUAUUCAGGCUCUUAUUGCUGGCAAGUCUGGUUGGCCUUGUGUAUCACUUCAUGUGUGCAGAUCCAGAAAAUCAGCCUCUCUUCCACUAA